AUGAAUAUCAAUUUAAAUGAACCUUGCCGUUGGUUAUCUGAUAGUACUAAUGCAGAAAACGAAAUUCGACUGAUAUUCUACAAUCAUUGGGAGAAACUGAAAGAUCGUCUAAUGGCUGGUGUUAGCGAAAUAAAUGCAUGGCGUCAAAGAUUGCUCGAUGAGAUCAAUAAUUAUGCAAAUGAACAAAUACGUGUUCUAGCAGAAGAUUAUGAACGCCAGCGAAUCAGUCUUGAUGUGAAACGUGAAGAAAAUCUUGACACAACACGUGCCUAUUGUGGUAUCCAAAGUGUCGUUUUAUUUACUGAACUACGCAAUGCAUGUCAAUCGAUAGAAUUUCAAGUAGCACAGCUUGAAUCUAUCAAUACUACACUGCAAGCUAUUAAAGUAAUAACUAUUUCCGAACAAAUCGAAAGAAAUAAGCUCGAGAAGAUUGAUACGACGAAGUCUGACAAUGAUCAGAACAAGCCGAUAAUUGAACACACUAAUGAUAUAAAUGACCAUACUGGAGAGAGUAGAGAUCAGCACAUUAAAUUGGCAUCAUCGAUUACAAUUGAGACUGCUUCACAUUCAUUAACACCGGAAUCUUCAAAUAUCGAUAGUCAAGCAAUCAAUGAUAGCAAUAAGUCAACAGAAAACAUUCUAAAUAGCGAUGAUUCGAUCAACAAAUGUCCAAUAUGUUGUAUGAUAUUUCCAAUUAAAAUGAAACAUGAUGACCGUUCUCGACAUACCAAUGAACACUGUACAGAUGAUUAA